AUGCGCGUCGGGAACGGUCCCCGCUCCUCCCGGCUUGUGCGGCGUCACGAGUGGGAAGAGCAGAUGGGUGGCAAGAGCCAAGGGGUGUCUUUGGUCAGCUCCUCACGCGCACAACCCUCGGCCUGCGCCGCCACGUGCCUCUGGAAGCGCCUCGGCCUGAGCCCGGGGGGCCGCGUUUCCACGGUGGGCGCCAUUUCUGGCUAUAACUUCCGCGAAACGCCUCGGAAUAGAAAACGCGCCGGAACCCAGACGAGCGCUGCGGUGUCCUGGCCCUCGCUGCUGCCUUACUCUCCUCUUCAAUUCCUCUUCCAGGGAGAUCUGGGUCCUUUCAAUCCCGGCUUGCCGGUGGAAGUGCCUGUCUGGCUGGCCGUUAAUCUGAAGCAGAGGCAGAAGUGUCGGCUGAUUCCUCCGGAAUGGAUGGACGUUGAAAAACUGGAGGAAAUCCGGGACCAGGAACGUAAAGAGGAGACCUUCACUCCGAUGCCCAGUCCCUAUUAUAUGGAACUCACAAAGCUGCUGUUAAACUACGCCUCGGACAACAUCCCCAAAGCCGAUGAGAUUCGAACGCUGGUGAAGGAUACCUGGGACACCCGGAUAGCCAAGCUGCGGCUGUCUGCGGACAGCUUCGUCAGGCAGCAGGAGGCUCACGCCAAGCUGGAUAACUUAACCUUGAUGGAGAUCAACACGACGGGGAUUUUCCUUACUCAAGCCUUAGAUCACAUGUACAAGCUCCGGACCAACCUUCAGCCUGGCGAGGGUGCCCGCUCCCAGGAUUUCUGAGGCGGUGCUUCGCCAUGAAUUUUCUCAGAGCCUUGAAAAGGGGGGAGAUGUGCCAGCAAUGAGAGGUGUCUGCUGCUCUGCUGGGGAGAUCAGCUGGGAAGCAGAUCCAUCUGCUCUUUGGAGAAGGACAAAAGAAAAUGGCUUUCCCUCCCCAAAGCCCAGGCUGUCUUGUAGUAUCAUACGCCCGCCUUUUAUUUUUUUUUAUCUAAAUCU